AUGCCAGGUUGCAUUUUUGCACCAUACUUCCCACCAGAGGAGCCACAAAAAUUUGCAAAUGUUCACAAGAUUUUCGGUGCGAGCAACGUUACCAAGCUCCUCAAUGAGCUUCUCCCUCAGCAGAGGGAAGAUGCAGUGAACUCUCUGGCCUAUGAAGCCGAAGCCCGAGUCCGGGAUCCAGUCUACGGCUGCGUUGGUGCCAUCACCUUCCUCCAAAGACAAGUCGAGCGCCUUCAAAAGGAACUUGAUGCAGCUAAUGCAGACUUAAUUCGCUUCUCGUGCAAUGAGAUUCCGACUGGAAUACCCUCCACUCGAGGAGUAAUUAAUUCAUUUCAUUCCAUGGCGGCACCCCGCCAGAGGCCUGCAAGGAUGGGCAAUGAAAGUGGUGGCAACUAUUAUCCAACACCCCAAAACUUCCAAUUUCCAUAUCUUCCUCCAUGGAAUGGUCACAACCCUUCUGGUAAUAUACAUGGAGGAGGGGCAGAUGGAAAUAUUUAA